ACAACUCGGCAUCUGCAUCCGGAGAAGUAGCGACCAGUGUCCUGUAAUCACCGGGACUGCCUGUCCUCCGAGACAGGAAUACAUCUGUACACUCAAAGACCAACUAUCUGCAGCCAAAAUGGUGAACUUCACCGUGGAUCAGAUUCGUGCCAUCAUGGACAAGAAGUCCAACAUCAGGAACAUGUCUGUGAUUGCCCAUGUGGAUCAUGGGAAGUCCACUCUGACUGACUCCCUGGUGUCCAAGGCGGGGAUUAUCGCUUCUUCCCGAGCCGGAGAGACCCGCUUCACAGACACACGCAAAGACGAGCAGGAGCGCUGCAUCACCAUCAAAUCAACGGCCAUCUCUAUGUACUACGAGCUUGCCGACAGCGACCUGGCGUUUAUCAAGCAGAAUGUAGACGGGAACGGCUUCCUCAUCAACCUGAUCGACUCUCCUGGUCACGUAGACUUCUCCUCUGAGGUCACGGCUGCCCUCAGGGUCACAGAUGGAGCCCUGGUAGUGGUGGACUGUGUCUCUGGUGUGUGUGUGCAGACUGAAACUGUACUGCGGCAGGCCAUUGCUGAGCGCAUCAAGCCGGUUUUGAUGAUGAACAAGAUGGAUCGGGCCCUACUUGAGCUGCAGCUGGAGCCAGAUGAGCUCUUCCAGACCUUUCAGCGCAUCGUGGAGAACGUCAACGUCAUUAUCUCCACCUAUGGAGAGGAUGAGAGCGGGCCCAUGGGGAACAUCAUGAUUGACCCCAUUAUUGGCACAGUCGGGUUCGGCUCAGGCCUCCAUGGCUGGGCAUUCACCUUGAAGCAAUUUGCUGAGAUGUAUGUGGCUAAGUUCACAGCAAAAGGAUACGCGCAGCUGGGAACAGCAGAGAGGAGUAAGAAAGUAGAAGACAUGAUGAAGAAACUGUGGGGAGACAGAUAUUUUGACCCAAAUGCCGGCAAGUUCAGUAAGACUGCAAACGGUCCUGAUGGCCAGAAACUUCCCCGCACCUUCUGCCAGCUCGUUUUGGACCCCAUCUUUAAGGUCUUUGAUGCAAUCAUGAAUUUCAAGAAGGACGAGACAGCCAAACUAAUUGAGAAGCUGGACGUCAAACUGGACUCUGAGGACAAGGAGAAAGAGGGGAAGCCCCUGCUGAAGGCUGUGAUGCGUCGCUGGCUGCCAGCCGGAGAAGCCCUGCUGCAGAUGAUCACCAUCCACCUGCCCUCCCCCGUCACUGCACAGAGAUACCGCUGUGAGCUGCUCUACGAGGGGCCCGGAGACGACGAGGCUGCCAUGGGUAUUAAAAACUGCGACUCUAAGGCUCCUCUGAUGAUGUAUAUUUCCAAGAUGGUCCCAACCACUGACAAGGGACGUUUCUAUGCCUUCGGCCGUGUGUUCUCUGGCACUGUGUCCACUGGGCUGAAAGUGCGUAUCAUGGGGCCAAACUUCAGUCCUGGCAAGAAAGACGACCUUUUCAUCAAACCCAUCCAGAGGACCAUUCUGAUGAUGGGCCGUUAUGUGGAGCCAAUUGAAGAUGUUCCUUGCGGCAACAUCGUAGGUCUGGUUGGAGUAGACCAGUACCUGAUUAAAACAGGGACUAUUACCACCUAUGAACAAGCCCACAACAUGAGGGUGAUGAAGUUCAGUGUGAGUCCUGUGGUCAGAGUAGCUGUGGAGGCCAAGAACCCAGCUGACCUGCCUAAGCUGGUGGAGGGACUGAAGCGUCUGGCCAAGUCUGACCCCAUGGUGCAGUGCAUCAUCGAGGAGUCUGGGGAGCACAUCAUCGCCGGCGGGGAGCUGCACCUGGAGAUCUGCCUGAAGGACCUGGAGGAAGAUCAUGCCGGCAUUCCUCUGAAGAAAUCAGACCCAGUCGUGUCUUACAGAGAGACGGUGUCAGAAGAAUCAGAUCAAAUGUGUUUGUCCAAGUCUCCCAACAAGCACAAUCGCCUCUUCAUGAAGGCCCGCCCCUUCCCCGACGGCCUGGCUGACGACAUCGAGAAGGGGGAGGUCACCCAUCGGCAGGAGCUCAAGGCCCGUGCACGUUACCUCACAGACAAGUACGAUUGGGAGGUGGGCGAAGCCAGGAAGAUCUGGUGCUUCGGUCCAGAUGGCAGCGGGGCCAACCUGCUGGUCGAUGUGACAAAGGGCGUUCAGUACCUUAACGAGAUCAAGGACAGCGUCGUGGCUGGUUUCCAGUGGGCAUCUAAAGAGGGUGCCUUAUGUGAGGAGAAUAUGCGCGCUGUUCGCUUUGACAUUCACGACGUGACACUGCACGCAGACGCUAUCCACCGCGGUGGAGGACAGAUUAUUCCCACAGCUCGUAGGGUGCUGUACGCCUGCCAGCUCACCGCUCAGCCAAGACUCAUGGAGCCUGUAUACCAGGUGGAGAUACAGUGCCCGGAGCAGGUGGUCGGGGGUAUCUACGGCGUGUUGAACAGGAAACGAGGUCACGUGUUUGAGGAAUCCCAAGUCAUCGGCACUCCCAUGUUUAUUGUGAAAGCCUUCCUGCCUGUCAACGAGUCCUUUGGGUUCACAGCUGACCUGCGCAGCAACACUGGAGGCCAGGCCUUUCCUCAGUGUGUGUUUGACCACUGGCAGAUUCUUCCAGGAGACCCUAGCGACCCGACCACCAGACCCUUCCAGGUUGUUGCUGAAAUUAGGAAACGCAAAGGUCUGAAAGAGAACAUACCUGCCCUCGACAACUACUUGGACAAACUGUAAAACUAAGCCAAGAGAAUAAAAUACCAAAUAAAUCUCUUAACCCUACCCCAUGGGCACUUUAAACAUUUUGCACAGGCUUAAAAGAUACACUGCUCAAUUGUAUUGACUUUGAAUUUGAAGCAGAAGCUUUAAGCUUUUGUUGUAGGCAAGUGGAAGCAGUGAUGCUUUUUCAUUUCACAGCUGCAGUACACCAAGUGCCUAGGGUGAGGGUUAUGGGGAACAAUUGGAUCAAAGCAGUUGUAUUACUUGUUCUUUUAUUUCUCCACAUGGGUCCUCUUUUCCCCUUCUCAUCAUCCAGGAUGGGCCUGUACAGUGCACUGUGAUGCUGCUGCAAUAAUGCGUAUUUAAAAGGAUCAUGGCCAGAUAAAACCAUGGAAACCAUAUUAAUGUGUUAAAGAAGUCAAACUUCCUUGAAUGGACCUUUGUGUGGAUGUGAUUAAUAAAAACAUUCAACUCA